UUUAUUGCCAUGAAGACCCGUGCCUUUCAGGUGGAGCAGAUGCAGUACAAGGACUCCAGAAUUAAACUGAUGAACGAGAUCCUCAACGGCAUUAAAGUCCUCAAACUCUACGCCUGGGAGCCGUCGUUUGCCCAGAAGGUCCUGGAGAUCCGCGGCAAAGAGCUGAGCGUCCUGCGGAAGGCAGCCUAUCUCAAUGCUCUGUCCACCUUUGCCUGGACCAGUGCCCCAUUCUUGGUGGCCCUGACCACAUUUGCUGUGUACGUCAGUGUUGAUGAGAAGAACAUUCUGGAUGCAGAGACAGCAUUUGUGUCCCUCUCACUGUUCAAUAUAUUGAGAUUCCCUCUGAAUAUGCUGCCCCAAGUCAUCAGCAACCUUGCUCAGGCAAGCGUCUCCAUAAAAAGAAUUCAGAAUUUCCUGGCCAAUGAUGAGCUGGACCCUGAUGCCGUGAACAAGGAUAAGACAAUUCCCGGAAAUGCCAUCACGGUGCACAAUGGAACAUUCAGCUGGGCGAGAAGCAACGAACCGGUUCUACAUAACAUCAAUCUGCUGGUCCCCACUGGCUCUCUGGUCGCUAUUGUCGGUCACGUCGGCUGUGGAAAGUCGUCUUUGGUGUCGGCUCUCCUUGGAGAGACCGAGAAGAUAGAAGGGGAUGUCUCCAUCAGGGGUUCUGUUGCAUAUGUCCCCCAGCAGGCCUGGAUACAGAACUCCACCCUGAAGGACAACAUUCUGUUUGGCCGGACAGAUAAUGAGAAAAACUACAAGAAGGUUCUGGAAGCAUGUGCCCCUGCUCACAGACUUAGAGGUGCUGCCGGGAGGGAGAUCAGACUGAGAUUGGGGAGAAGGGUAUUAACCUGUCCGGGGGCCAGAAGCAGAGGGUCAGCUUGGCUCGGGCUGUAUAUAGCAAUUCUGAUGUAUAUCUCUUGGAUGACCCCCUCUCUGCCGUUGACGCUCAUGUCGCUAAACACAUCUUCGACAAUGUCAUUGGACCAGAUGGACUGCUGCGAGGGAAGACUCGGGUACUGGUCACUCACGGUAUCAGUUUUCCUGCCACAAGUCGAUCACAUUGUGGUCAUAGUGGACGGAAGGGUGUCCGAAAUGGGAUCCUACCAAGAACUGAUGAAGCAAAAUGGAGCGUUUGCAGAAUUCCUGAGGAACUAUGCCUUUGAUGAUGAGGUGGAGGAGGAGGAGCUGACCAUCCUGGAUGAGGAGGAGGUGUUACUGGCGGAGGAGACACUGAGUAAUCACACCGACCUUGUAGACAAUGAGCCCAUCGCCAACGAGGCCCGCAAAAAGUUCAUCAGGCAAAUCAGCGUCCUGUCAUCGGACUCGGAUCCGACGCCGCACGCCAUGUCAACACGGAGGAGGGUCUGUGAGAGGAAGAUGUCUGAGACUGCGGCAGUGAAGAAACCGCCGGUGGAAAAACUCAUCCAGACAGAGACUACCGAAACUGGGAGGGUGAAGAUGGCGGUAUUCUGGCAAUAUAUGAAAGCGGUCGGCCUCCCAGUUUCUCUUUUUAUUUGCUUCCUAUACUGCUGCCAGAAUGCGUCUGCCAUUGGCGCCAACGUGUGGCUUAGUGACUGGACUAACGAGCCCAUAGUCAACGGAACGCAGGCAAAUACACAGAUGCGAGUUGGCGUUUACGCAGCCCUUGGAUUGUUGCAAGGUCUGCUGGUAAUGACGUCCUCCUUCACAUUGGCCUUGGCGGGUAUUGGUGCUGCCCGAAAGCUGCAUGUGGCCCUCCUGGACAAUAAGAUGCACACGCCGCAAUCCUUCUACGAUACGACCCCGAUCGGACGCAUCAUUAAUCGAUUCUCCAAAGACAUAUAUGUGAUCGAUGAGGUCAUCCCACCAACCAUCCUCAUGUUCCUGGCGACAUUUUUCACGUCCAUCUCCACCAUGAUAGUGAUUGUGUCCAGUACACCACUCUUCGCUGUUGUCAUUAUACCUCUGGCGUUUGUCUACUUCUUUGUACAGAGGUUCUAUGUGGCUACUUCGCGGCAAUUGAAGCGCCUGGAAUCGGUCAGCAGGUCCCCCAUAUAUUCCCAUUUCUCAGAGACCAUCACAGGUGCCAGUAUCAUCAGGGCAUACGGGAGGCAAACCAGUUUCAUCCAACUCAGUGACAACAAGGUGGACGAAAACCAAAAGAGUUACUACCCGGGCAUCGUGUCUAACAGGUGGCUGGGAAUACGGGUGGAGUUUGUUGGGAAUUGUGUUGUCCUCUUCGCAGCUCUCUUUGCAGUCAUUGGUAGAGAGAAAGCCUCACCCCUGGAAUUGUGGGUCUCUCUGUGUCCUAUGCAUUGCAGGUGACCAUGUCACUUAACUGGAUGGUACGGAUGACUUCUGACCUGGAAACAAACAUUGUGGCAGUGGAACGUGUCAAGGAAUAUUCUGAGACAGAGACAGAGGCUCCCUGGAGGAUAGACGAUAAGAAGCCGGAAGAGAGUUGGCCAAGUAAAGGUGAAGUCGAAUUAUCCAACUACUCUGUCCGGUACAGACCUGGCUUGGAUUUGGUACUGAAAAACUUGAACCUGAAAGUUAAAGGAGGAGAAAAGGUUGGGAUUGUGGGAAGGACGGGAGCAGGAAAGUCUUCCAUGACGCUGUGCCUGUUCCGGAUUCUGGAGGCUGCUGAGGGAAUUAUCACCAUCGAUGGUGUAAAUAUUGCUGAGAUUGGUCUUCACGACCUUCGAUCUAUGCUCACUAUUAUUCCACAGGACCCGGUGCUAUUUUCAGGGACUCUGAGGAUGAACCUGGACCCUUUUGAUAAAUAUUCUGAUGAUGAAAUCUGGAAAGCACUGGAGUUAUCCAACUUGAAGAAGUUUGUCACCAGCCAGGCAGAGAAGCUGGACUAUGAGUGUUCAGAGGGUGGAGAAAAUCUGAGUGUUGGUCAGCGUCAGCUGGUUUGUCUAGCCCGAGCUCUCCUCCGUAAAACCCGCAUCCUCGUUCUGGAUGAAGCCACAGCCGCCAUUGACCUGGAGACUGACGACCUCAUCCAAAUGACCAUCCGGACACAGUUUGAGGACUGCACAGUGCUGACCAUCGCACACCGGCUGAACACCAUCAUGGAUUACACAAGGGUUCUUGUCCUCGACAAGGGGAGAAUAGCUGAAUUUGAUACGCCUACCAACCUCAUAGCAUCAAAAGGAAUAUUUUACGGCAUGGCGAAGGAUGCUGGACUGGCCUGA